AUGGAGCCAACUGAGCUCGAUGCCUUCGAGGCAGCUGUGUCGGAUUUGGCUGACGAAGAAUCAGUCGAUGAUGUUAAUGAUGGUGAUGAUGUCGACGACUUACUCACUGUCCCAAAGCCGCCCGAGACUGGCGACCCAGUGGAGGUCAAGGAGACCGAGGGGAAGAGGCCUGCACUUCCCUCAUGGACAGUGCUCCCAUGGCUGGCUUUGGUCGCCGCCUUGGUCUUGGUGCCGCUGUCCAUCGGCGCUGAGCUCGCCGCGGAGCUGCGGGUGGAGGCCUCUGGCCUGGUACGAACCUCCACAGGAGGGACUGCGGCUGCAGCUGGGGCCACAACCCGAAGCAGCCUUCAAGCGCUGCAGACGCUGCCUGAGGCAGACUUACGUCGCAUUCGAGACUGCAGCUUCGUCCACCGCGGCGCUUUCUAUCGCCUCCGGGUGGCCAGUCUCGUCCGCACCAGGACAGAUGUUACAAUUGUCGCCCCGGACCGGGCCACGCUUCAAAUAGGUGACGGUUUGGAGAAACUGCCGGGGAAGCGGCAAGUAGUAGAGCUGCACUUUGCACUUUGGAUACUCGAGAUUUGUGGUUGCAUGACCAUUGUGGGGAUCUGGGUGCCUCUGAAUGCCUCAGAGAUUGAAAGCGUGCUGGAGCUGCUUCGGGAAGAUGAGGCGAACUGGUAUUUCGUGCCUGUUCUAGGAGAAAGCGACACUCCAAAGGCACAUCCCAAGGAAGUGACAAAACACCUUGCAAAGGUGGGCUCUUACAUCUAUGGGCCCAGCACAAUUUACAGUGGCCAUUGUCCAGGCUUCCGUGGACAGGAUGAAGCUGGACUGCAGCAUCACAAGGUACUUAAAGACGAGUUGAAUGAAAAGCUUGGCUGGAUGUUUGAUCGUGUUAAGAAAGCCCUGAAGCAAGCAGUGGCGCCCGACGAGAUCGAUGAUGUGUGGAUCACAUAUCCUUAUGUGAAGAUGCAUCGUGGAGAUACUCUUGACGGCCUCCCAGCUGCCAUUCGCAAAAUGGCCCUGAGCCCGGCGCCGCCACACAGAGAUGAACAGUUCAAAAAGCACAUCGAUGAGGAGGAGCAGGAUUCGGCCCACACGCUGACCUUCACUCUGCCUCUGCAGGUUCCUACUGGUGGUGCGAGCUUGCGAGUGUAUGACUGCUAUUAUGACAAAAGCCUCCGAAAGGUUGUGGACCACACUGGCAGGGUAUUGCGCCAAAGCAGCGACUACUGCCGCCAAAGCAUGCCUUACGAAGACGUGCCUUACCUUCCGGGCCGCAUGCUGCUAUUCUCGGGUGACCAGCUCCAUGCUGUUGGCCCAUACACGAAUCCCACCUCAUCAGACCGGCGAAUCGUGCUCCAAGGGCACGGCAUCUUCCGGGACGGCAAGUGGAGACUGUUCGGAUAG